AUGGCCGCUCGAUCCCACUCCGCAGCAGUCGACCGCCUCGACUAUGCCACCACAAACGACUCCUCCCCCUCCCAACCCCCACCCCAGCACCUCACCCACCGCCACCACGACUACGGCGGCAACCCUCUCGCCCACAUCCACUCCAUCGACUCCCAAGGCGCCGCCUCCCUCCGCCUCCCAGCCUUCGGCGGCGGCCUCCAACCCGGUCUCUACAAACCCCCACCCUUCAACUUCGGGAACCCCGUCCCCUUAGGCCUGUCCGGCUUCGCGUUGACGACCUUCCUCCUAUCCCUCAUCAACCUCGGCACCAUGGGCGUCACGAACCCGAUCAUGGUCGUCGGGCCCGCGUUCGCUUAUGGCGGGUUCAUUCAGCUGUUGGCGGGGAUGUGGGAUAUUGCUUUGGGCAACACGUUUGGCGGGACGGCGUUGAGCAGUUACGGCGGGUUUUGGAUCAGUAUUGGGAUUAUUUUGACGCCGGGGGGGUUCGGGAUUGAAGACAGUUACGGGCCGGAAGCGAAUGGGAAUUUCUACGCUGCGUUCGGGCUCUACAUCUUCGCCUGGAUGAUCUUCACCUUCCUCCUCUGGCUCCUCACGCUCAAAUCCACCGUCGCCUUCUGCACCCUCUUCGGCAGCGUCUGGAUCAGCUUCCUCUGCCUCGGCACCGCAUAUCUCGACGCCCAGAACGAUCCGGCCGGCGCGCCGAACGUGACUUUGACGAGGGUCGGCGGCGGGUUCGGGAUCGCGGCGGGCUUUAUUGCGUGGUAUAACAUGCUGGCCGGGUUGGCGGAUGGGAGUAAUACGUUUUUUGUCAUUCCGGUGGUGCAUUUUCCGUGGAGCGAGAAGGGGAGGAAGGACAGGGGGAAGAUUAAGGAUGUGGAGAGUGGGGAGAGUGCGUGA